AUCCAUCCAAUUAUCCUCCGCCAUGUCACGCGCCGCCGUCGCCGGCGACCGCUCCACCCACAGCACUCCCACGCGCCGCUUCCACGUCUCCUGCAACCAACAAAAACUCGACCGCCGGAACAUGCUCCUCGGCCUGGGCGGCGGCCUCUACGGCGCCGCAAACCUCGCCGUCUCAAACCCUCCGGCCACGGCGGCGCCGAUCGGAGUCCCGGAGUUCACAGCCUGCGGCGAGGCCCACGACGUCCAAUCCAACGAUCUCCUCCCGGUCAACUGCUGCCCGCCGGUGUCGGGCACCCCGUACGUGGACUACAAGCUCCCGCCGGCGAGGAAAACAAAAGUUCGGCCGGCGGCCCACAAGGUGAGCCGGGAGUACCUGGCGAAAUACGAAGAAGCGAUGCGGCGGAUGCGCGAGCUGGACCGGACCGACCCGACCGACCCGCGCGGGUUCAUGCAGCAGGCCAAUAUCCACUGCGCUUACUGCAACGGGGCCCACGACCAACCGGGUUACCCGAAUCUUGACAUCCAGAUCCACAACUCCUGGCUCUUCUUCCCAUUCCACCGCUGGUACCUCUACUUCUACGAAAGAAUCCUCGGCAGCUUGAUCGACGAUCCAGAUUUCGCGAUCCCAUUUUGGAAUUGGGACAACCCUAAGGGCAUGCAAAUGCCGGCUAUCUUCGACCGGGACAAAUCCCCGAUCUACAACGUGAACCGGAACCCGGACCACCGGGGCCGGUCCAUAAUCGACCUCGGGUUCUCACGCGCCACCGACGAAAUCCAACUCGUGGUGAAUAACCUCAGCGUGGUGCACAACGAGAUGAUCCGGAGCGUGAAUUCCACGCUCGACUUCAUGGGCGCGGCCUACCGCGCCGGCGACCCGCCGGGGAACGGCGGAAGCGCCGGCUCGUCGGAGCGUGGGUCGCACGUCUCGGCGCACGUGUGGGUGGGGAAUCCGGCGAAUAAAUACAGGGAGGAUAUGGGGAAUUUCUACUCCGCCGGCCGGGAUCCUCUCUUCUACUGCCACCACGCUAACGUCGACCGGCUCUGGAAGAUCUGGACCGGCCUGAAAACCGACGUGCCGAAGAGCAUCUCCGAUCCCGAUUUCCUGAACGCCGGUUUUCUGUUCUACAACGAGAAGAAGGAGCUGGUGCGGGUGAAGGUCGCCGACUGUCUGAACAUGGAGAAAUUAGGGUACGAUUACGAGAGGGUGGACACGCCGUGGCUGAAUUACCGGCCGUCGAAGAAGGCGGCGGCGGCGGACAUUAAGAAACUGGCGGCGAACGCGGAGGCGGCGGAGAAGAUCUUCCCGCUAACGCUGAACAAGAUUGUUAGGGUUUUGGUCCCCAAAUCGGCGAAGGGGAAGGCCGACGAGGUCCUGGUGCUGGAGGACAUCGAGACAGACUCCACCAAGUUCAUAAAGUUCGACAUUUUCAUCAACGACGAGGACGACAUCCCGUCGGAGCUGGACAGGGCGGAGUACGCCGGGACCUUCGCGCAGGUGCCGCACCGGACGAAGGAGAAGAAGGGAAAGACGUCGAUUAAUCUGAAGCUGACGGACGUGUAUGAGGACAUCGAGGUCGGGGAUGACGACACUAUUGUCGUCACCAUUAUCCCGAGGUCUAACGGCGAUGCAGUCACCAUUGGUGGGAUCAAGGUCAUUCCGUCGCCGCCGCGGUCGGCCUGAUCGAUCGGCGAUGGAUCAAUUAAUCAAUUGAUUGAUUUAAGGGAAUCGAAUCAAAUCAGAUGUGUGAAGUCAAAUAAAGUGAGUGCAUUGUCUAUCUCACUGACCGCCAUGAAUAAAUUUAUUUAUCCUCACUGUGCGUUUGCUCGAUCGGACCGCCAUUAGCACGGCCACUGAGUUUUUUUAUAUGUAAUAAUGUUGGUAUUCUGUCUGCCUGCUCAUUUUCUAUCUAUUUCAAAACGUGGUUUAAUCGGUUCAGUUAUUA